AUGAGAUUCCUCUACGAUGGAUUGAAGCCAAUGUCUAGAGCCAACUUGGACGCGGGGGCGGGUGGACAAUUGAUCAAAGUCCCUCAAAACCAAGUUGAAGCAACAAUUGAAGAGGUGGUGAAGAACUAUUCUUGGGGAAGUAGAAGGAGGAAUGCACCUAGAAAGGGUGGAAAGUAUGAGUUGGAGAAGGCGAUCACCUUGAGAUCGGGAGCUUCUUAUGAAGGCCCAAAGGGGAGUGAGGAGGUAGAGAGAGAAGGGGAAGAAAAGAAGGGAGAUGAGGAGGUAAAUGUUGAGAAAGAAGUUGGAGACAAGAAGUCCAAGGGUAAGGACCUCAUUGACACUAGCAAGUAUGAUAAUCUGGUACCUUAUCCCGGGAGGGUUGCGGAGCGAAGGUUGAAUGACAAAUUUGCAAAGUUUCUUGAUGUGAUGAAAGGGUUACACAUCAACCUACCUUUCCUUGAAGUGGUGACACAAAUGCCAUCUUAUGCGAAGUUCCUCAAAGAUAUCCUAUCGAACAAAAGGAAGCUCAAGGAUGAAUUUAUUACACUUCCACAUCAAGUGAGUGCGCUUGUUCAACAUAAGAUGCCAAAGAAGAAAAGAGACCCCGGAAGUUUCACAUUGUCGGUCAAGAUUGGAAACUUGGGGCCCAAAGGAGCUCUAGCCGUCCUUGGAGCUAGUGUUAGCCUAAUGUCGUUGUCCAUUGCUCAACAAUUGAAUAUCGAGAUGAUACCCACAAGGAAGACCAUUCAACUAGCCGACCGAUCGGUUAAGUUGCCUUGUGGAGAAAUUGAAGAUGUCCCCAUUCAAGUGGGACACAUCUAUGUACCUUGUGAUUUUGUUGUAAUGGAUAUUGCGGAGGAUGAGAACACUCCUUUGAUUCUUGGAAGGGAAACAUUGAAGACAUUGGGGGCCGUCAUUAAUUGGAAAAACAAUACCAUUACUUGUGAAGUAGCCGAUGAAAAGAUUGUUUUUGAAUUCUCUAAGCUACUCAAGACCCCCAUGGUUGAGAAGUGUUAUAGGGUUGAUGUGGUAGGUGAGGAGUUGGAUCGUUUGGGAAGGGUUAUGAUGAGCCCUCAAGAUCCAAUGGUUGAGGCUCUUACAUGCGAGGAAGAGUACUACUCUCUCGAGGCAAAGGAGUUUGUCAUGACUAUUGAAGAAGCCAAAAGAGAGGAAGAGAACGAUCCUAAGCAUGAAGAGCUAGCACAAGAAGAGGAGAAAUUGGAGGAGAAUGGAUAUUCGGGAUUUUCCCAAAUCCCAAUCCACCCUAAGGAUCAAGAGAAGACCACUUUCACUUGUCCUUAUGGGACAUUCGCAUACCGAAGGAUGCCCUUCGGCCUAUGCAACGCCCCAUCGACUUUCCAACGAUGCAUGACCUCCAUUUUCUCUGAAAUGUUGGAGAAUGAAAUUGAAGUAUUCAUGGAUGAUUUCAGUGUAGGCGGGUCCUCUUUUGACAAGUGCUUAUUUAACCUCGAAAAAGUCUUGAAGCGAUGUCAAGAGACGAGCCUUGUUUUGAAUUGGGAAAAAUGCCAUUUUAUGGUUGAGGAGGGAAUUUUCCGCGGCCAUAAGGUGUCAAAAAGAGGGAUUGAAGUUGAUCCGGCUAAGUUGUCGGUAAUAACCAAGCUACCCCCGCCUACUUCCAUUACGGGAGUAAGGGCUUUCUUGGGGCACACGGGUUUUUACCGGAGGUUUAUCAAAGAUUUCUCCACUAUAUCUAAACCUUUAACCGGAUUGCUUCAAAAGGAUAAAGAUUUUUGUUUUGAUGAUAGUUUCCUUCGAGCCUUCAAUAAGCUCAAGGAAGCUCUCACAUCUGCUCCUGUAGUGCAAGCUCCAGAUUAG